ACCUCCAUCCAGUGAGCUGGAGGUUGGAGCUGCCGCCGGCUGGUGUUCAUUGUGUUGCCGGUGGUGCGCAGAAUAGAAAACAGUCGGAUGAGUAAAAAAUAGUUCCUCGCUCGUUCUGGAGUGAUGUUUCAAAAGACUGCUGGGUCUUAAGGACGGGGAAGAUGUUGCAGAGGUAGAAUAUCUUCAGCUGUUCACUUUCAGGACAAGUAGAGUGCCACUCAUCCUCCUCUUCCUCCUCCUCCUCCCUGUUAAAUGAGCAAUGAAGAAGAUGAUGAGGAAAGGUCUGCAGGUGUGUUUACUCCUACUGAUGGUGGGAAGACUGCAGGGCAGGGUAACGGCUCCGGAGCGUCUGGUGGCUCCAGUGGAGAAGCCCUUCAAUCUGACCUGCAGUGUCUCGAGGGAUCGAGGUGAGUCCCUGAGGCAGGUGCGCUGGCUGGAUGUCCAGAACCAGACCCUGCUGAGCUACCUGCCCGGCCAGAGAGACAGCGUGAGCGGACAGCAGCACGUGGAGCUCCGCCCCUCCCCGAAAGACACCUCGGUAAUCACCAUCCGCCGCGUGGGCUUCCGUGAUGAAGGCUGCUACACCUGCAUCUUCGACAUGCAUCCGUCCGGCUCGAAGCAGGGCCAGACGUGCCUCACUGUCACCUCGCACAUCGCUACCGAUGGCAACAAGACGGCGGUGAACGGGAAGAAGGCCUCCCUCUCCUGCUCCUACGGUUUGCCUGAAAAGGUGAAGCAGAUCACAUGGAGACACACGUCAGCACAGGGAGAUUCUACGGAGGUGGCCUCCUUUGCGAAGCGGAGCGACCCCAUGAUAGAGCCGCCGUACCAAGGGAGGGUCUGGCUGAGCACCUCCCUGUCGGACAGUCAGCUCACCAUCCAGCCUGUCGCCAUCCAGGACGAGGGCUGCUACACCUGCCAGUACACCAUGCAUGCUGAAGGGGAGAAGAGCUCCACGGUUUGCCUCGCCACUUAUGUGCUGCCCAAACCUCAGGUGAGCUACAAGACUACCUCUCCAGGUGUGAUCGAAGCCAACUGCACGUCAGUGUCACGCCCCCCGGCAGAGAUAGUGUGGAACGUGGAGAGGGAUAACCGAACCAUGGGCCCCCCUGUGACGACACAGCUCCUGCAGGGAGACGGGACCACGCUGGUCAUCAGCACACUGACUGUCCAAUCAGGGCUGCUGAAAGACGUGUCAGUCAAAUGCUUGGUGCACCACAAAGGGCUUGAGACCCCGAUUGCUGUAUCCAUGAACACUAAAAUUGGGACGGCUCUCACCAUCCUGAUCUCAGUCACUACGGUGGCAGCCCUGUUGGUCAUGUCCCUCUGCUUCUGCCUUUGGAAGUGUUUCCUGCGCAAAGAAGCUGAUUAAUCUUUCAGAUGAGACCGGAAGCUGAAAGGAAGAGGACGGAUUGUUUCCCAGCAGCAGCCUCGUGUUACAAAGGGAAGACAUUCUGACACACCUCCAUAGGAUGUCAAAUACAAUCCCGUUUACGAGCACCAACUGUACGACGACAUUCAUCUCUCCUCUUCUGCCUCUGCACCUGACUCUUAUAUAAUCGCCAGGCUGUCCUCGCAUGAAGUCAAUGAGGGAAUGUUGAGUGAAUCUUUUUUUUUUUCCCCUCUCUCUGGUUCUGUAAUUGAUUUGACUUGAUGGCCACACAUUCCUCAACACACAGCGGACUCUGUGUAUGUUUGUGAUAACUACGUAUUGCGAACUUCCCUCUGUUUUACCUUUUUUUAAUGCUGAAAUUCAAAGUUUGAAUAUAAAAUAUGGUCAGCCUUAUCCUUUAGGUAACACAGCUAAUUGGCCCUGUCAGCCCACCAUUAAGGUUUCACAUCUUGUACCUCAGUCAACGCCGUCCGUCACUCCUGUGUGUUUUUAAAACUGGGUGGGGUCGGGGACAUUCUUCACUAGUUCAGCUAAGAGGGCUGAAUACUUUGUUUUCUUGAAAGCCUACUGCAAACUUUUCUACGUGGUUCAAAAUCUGUUUUAGUGUGUCGUGAGAGAAUAUGUGUGUCCGUGUGUGUGUGUAUGUGUGUGUGUGAUUUGCUAGAGGUUAGAUUCCACGGUGAGAUUGCUUAAAAUAAUUCCCUGAGGAAGCAACGCUGAAACCUUUUUGGUGCCCCUAAAAGGAAUGCUUGUCUUGUGGCUUGUCUACAUGAUCGAGUCAGUCAAGUACGUGUGUGUGAGGAUGUGACGAUGUUAGCUUACCGGUCGGGCUGUGAUGGGGCAGCUUAGUGGCUAGCCAGAAGAGCCACUGUGCUGCUUUCCAGCCUUUUUUAAAUUAAAAAAAACUAAAAGAAUUUGUACAUUGCUCUGGAUUAGUGGCCCCUAAAUGCCCAGGAUUAAAUUGGUGUGGGACUUGUGUGAUAUAUUGUGUGUGCAUGGGGACAGGGGCAUUUAAGAAAAAAAAAGCUUCAUGCUGAAAUAAUCUUCUAUAUCAAAGCAUAUGAUGUGAUUCUGUAAGUUAUCAACAGAAUGACAUGCAGGAUAUCGGACUUCAAGCCGAGUAUUUUAAUCGGGCACAUCACGUUCCUCUUUAUUAAUAAGGGCUCUCUGUCUGCAUGUUUUUAUUACAUGCAUACAGCACUCAUGAGCUCAGCUCUUAGAUUGGAACAACUCUGAAAUGUGUGUUUCUGAACAUUUCUUUUUUUAGAUAUAUGGAAAUGUAGCUUAUUAUCAACCCUGAACGCGGACAAGAAAAUGAUUUGAUGUAAUAAAGGCAACAAACAGAUUAAUAAAAAAUAUUUA